AGAGCAUCCAGGCUUUGACUUACUACACAUUCAUGGGAUAAAAUGCGGUGAAGAGCAGCAGCAGCAGCAGCAGCAGCAGAAGCAGAACGGCGGUGACUUCAGACACCGUGUUGUCGACCAGCUCGGGGCCGGCGAUUACUCUGCAGUGGAGGAACAGUAAGCAUGCAGGGCACAAACAUGAAGGAGAGGAAUGGAGUUAUCGUGGCGUGGAAAGUGCUGCUGGUGGGGAUGUGUGCACUGCUGCUCCUGAGCUCGGCGGGUUUAGUGUUCCUGCUGGUUCGACAGAGGGAGCUGACGGAGGAGCUGGUCAGGUUGGACGCCCAGGUGCAGGUGCUGUCACAGAGCUGCAGGCUGCAGGAAGGAGUCCUACCAGAGGCUGGAGAGCUGAAGAAGCUCCAACGCAGCAGAAGAAACCAGGAGGAAGAACCGGGCCAAGACGAGAAGGAUAUGAUGAUGCUGAUGACAUACUCCAUGGUUCCUGUCAAAGCCUUCGUAGAUCUGUGUAACACCUCCAGAGGACUUUGUUUAACAGGCCCAGCUGGACCACCAGGUUUGCCUGGUAGAGCUGGUUCACCAGGUCCACAGGGUGUUCCCGGGCCUGAGGGGAGACGAGGAAGAAGAGGACCCCCUGGUGAAAUAGGAAAACCAGGACCUGAAGGAGACCCCGGGCCGCCCCGACUGACAGGUCCUCCUGGUCCAAGAGGUCCACCUGGUCCAGCAGGUCCAGCAGGUCCACCUGGUCCUCCCUGUCCUGCUUGUUACUCUAAUGAAGUGAGAAACGAGACCGUCACAGAAGGCAUCCAUCAAACCAACUUGUUGAUGGCUCCACUUCCUCCAGACCAAAACAGUGACACCAUCAAUGGCAGUGGAGACAUUAAUGAUGAUGAGAAAAGUGAGUUAGUAUCACCUCGUCCAGAUGACACACAUGAUGACAUGUGGAUUAAAACCAGCCCAGAGAGAAUUACAGAAGCAUCAGUUAACUUGUUAACAGUGUUACCAACAACACAUCCAGCUCAUGAAGCCAAAGAUGGUUUUAAAGUUGAUGACUCUGAGAAACUUCGAGAUACAGAUAAAUCAGGAUCACCAACUCCACAUCCAACUGACAACAACAGAGACGUUACUGACUCUGAGAAGCUUCGAGACACAAGCAUGGUGUCAGCAUCAUCAGGCCUUGCGUUUGACACAUGGGGUUUCUUGGUAUCAUCUCAUCAAGACGACAGUUAUGACAGUUAUGACAUUUCUAACGAUACCCAGAGUGAAGAUGCUACAGAGGCAACAAUAAGAUUAUUAACAGCUUCACUUUCUGAGGACCAAAACAGCGAUUCCUUCACUAUCAGUGGAGCCAUUAUUGAUGCACCCAUGAAAAAUGAAUCACCAACUCCACAUCCAACUGACAACAGUAAAGACGUUACUGAUUCUGAGAAGCUUCUAGACACAAACAUGGUAUCAGGAUCAUCUCAUCAAGACGACAGACAUUCAAUAGCUUCACUUUCUGAGGUCCAAAACAGCGAUUCCUUCACUAUCAGUGGAGUCAUUAUUGAUGCACCCAUGAAAAGUGAAUCACCAACUCCACAUCCAACUGACAACAGUAGAGACGUUACUGAUUCUGAGAAGCUUCGAGACCCAAACAUGGUGUCAGCAUCAUCAGGCCUUGUGUUUGACAUAUGGGGUUUCUUGGUAUCACUAUUUGGAUCACCAAUUCCGCAUCCAACUGACAACAAUAGAGACGUUACUGACUCUGAGAAGCUUCUAGACACAAACAUGGUAUCAGGAUCAUCUCAUCAAGACGACAGUUAUGACAUUUCUAACGAUACCCAGAGUGAAGAUGCUACCGAGGCAACAAUAAGAUUAUUAACAGCUUCACUUUCUGAGGACCAAAACAGUGAUUCCUCCAAUAACAGAGGAACCAUUGUUGAUACACCCAUGAAAAGUGAAUCACCAACUCCACAUCCAACUGACAACAACAGAGACGUUACUGACUCUGAGAAGCUUCUAGACACAAACACGGUAUCAGGAUCAUCUCAUCAAGACGACAGACAUUCAACAGCUUCACUUUCUGAGGACCAAAACAGCGAUUCCUCCACUGUCAGUGGAGCCAUUGUUGAUACACCCAUGAAAAGUGAAUCACCAACUCCACAUCCAACUGACAACAGUAGAGACGUUACUGACUCUGUGAAGCUUCUAGACACAAACAUGGAAGUUGUCACUCUUUCUGCAGACCAAACCACCAGUGAUUCCUUCAAUAGUGCUACAGAGGCACCAAUUACAUUAUCAACAGCCUCACUCUCUGUAGACCUGAAGAAGGACUCCUUCAACAACAGUGGACACAUUAUCGUUACAACCAUGAAAAGUGAUUUUUCACAUUCACUCCAGACCAACAACGAGAUCAAUGUGACAUCCGCUGAGAGACGGACAAAAACUGGGUGCAAGAUUAGAUCUAUUAGAUGUUUGGAGAAAGCCAAAAUGCAAAGCACUUUUGGAUCCUGGAUGUCAGAUGCAUCCCAGCUGGAUGAAGAGCGAUACUGGCUGGCCGACCAUUUUUCAGGUCGAGUUUUGGAGGAGCACAGCAACAUUUCGACAUCUCAGGACAGAACCAACAAAAUUAUAGACGUGAGGAGGUUCUUCCAGGGCUGUGGUCACGUUAUUUACAAGCGGUCGUUUUACUUUCACAAUGCAGGAAAAAACAGACUCAUAAAAUUUGACCUGAACACCAGGGCAACCAGCAUUCUGAAUAUGGCAAACAGCAGAUAUAACAACCUGGCGUAUCUUUUCCGCAACUCAAAGACGUAUUUCAAGUUUGCUGUGGACGAAAACGGACUGUGGGUCAUUUUUGCAUCAGAUACAGGAGAUGAUACGAUGGUAGCGAAGAUUAACCCGGACACAUUCUCCCUGGAGUCAGUCAUUAAUACUCACUACCCAACAACUAAAGCAGGAAAUGCUUUCAUUGUAUGUGGGGUGGUAUAUUUUACAGAUGACAAAGACAGAAGUGUUACAUAUGCCUUUGAUUUAAAGAAAGAGAGUCCUCUGGAUGCAAGUUUUGAUUUAAGGCCAGCUGAUGGCACCCUGGCUAUGCUGUCAUAUUAUCCCAACAAAAAGCUCCUGUAUAUGUGGGACAACAGCAGCCUGAAAAUCUGCAAAGUUAAACUCAAAUCAACCUAAAAAUAACCACAAACCAUGUAAAAAUGAGCAAUAAAGUUAUUUUUUAAAUCUCA